CCCUCGAUGGCUUGCUGAAACUCGGUAAGCGGCCCUCUGCCCAAAAUAAUUGCCUGCCCCUGCCCUAGUACCAGGGCUUGGGAAGAGAUCAGUCCCAGGGUCCUUUAAAACCACUGGGCUCUUCAGUGGCUUGUUCUGUUGCAAACUUCCCAGUUGCGUAGGGUUUCAGACAGGCUUUUAACAGACGUUUCCCGGAGUUACUUUUGCAAUUGAAGUCUCCCUGGAGCCAGGAAUUCUUGUUUAGAUUCAUGAUUUAAGCGUGCCAAUGAAUCUAAAUUUCUAAGAGCUGCUCCCUUCCUUUCCCUUGCCUGUCCUUCCAUUGCUCUGUAUUGAGUCACAUGUAGCAUCCUGAAAGAGGCAGUAAUUGAGCAACUGAGCUGUGAUCUUCGGGGCUGCUCUCUUUUUUUUUUUUUUUUGUCAUCAGUGUCAGCACACUCGGGCGUAGAGCACGAUAAGAACUCCACAGCCCCGCACGUGGCAGUAAAGCACCAGCUGGGAGCAGGUUGCACAAGUAGGGGCUGGCUCCAGCGAUUCUGUUGCCUUGGACAAACAAAUGGGGACCUGUUGCCAGAGAAGCUGGGCACCCGCAGCACCGGCUGCCAACAGGAGCCACUGGGGAUGAUCAGUCCCUCUGAAAAUCAGGCAUUGGCCAUGGAUGCUGAGGACGACCCCUUGUUGCAGGAUGCUUGGCUGGAGGAGGAGGAGGAGGAGGCUGCCUUCAACCCUCCGAAGAGGAGUGUGGGCCCCCAGCUAUGCGGGAAGUGUCAGUGGAGUCCCAAGCUGCUGCCUACGAUGCUGCCAGUAUCCGGCUUCUGGAACACAGUUGGCUGGAUGUUCACCAACCCCUACUGUGCCGGCUUUAUCCUUUUCUUGGGCUGUGCCAUCCCGGCUGCCCUGGCCACGGCCAUGUUUCUGCACUAUCCGGCACUGGACAUUGACAUCUCCUACAAUGCCUUUGAGAUCCGCAACCACGAGUCCUCUCAGCGCUUUGAUGCCCUCGCCCUGGCCCUCAAGUCCCAGUUCGGCUCGUGGGGCCGCAGCCGCCGGGACCUGGCUGACUUCACCUCGGAGACCCUGCAGCGGCUCCUCUUCGAGCAACUUCAGCAGCUGCACCUCAAUGCCUCCCACCUUGGGGGGGCCACCCGGCUGAAGCGCAGUGCCACACCGCCUGCAGCCAGAGGCAGGACUAGGCCCACCACCCACCACAGCCCAGCCAACCAAAGCUCCCGCGUGCCCCGGGGUGCCUCGCGCUGGGACUACUCCAGUGCUUAUGUCAGUGCCAACACACAAACACAUGCACACUGGCGCAUUGAGCUCAUCUUUCUGGCCCGGGGGGAUGCUGAAAACAACAUUUUCACCACUGAGCGCCUGGUCACCAUCCAUGAGAUUGAGCGCAAGAUCAUGGACCACCCCCGGUUUCGGGAGUUCUGCUGGAAGCCCCAUGAGGUCCUGAAGGACCUGCCUCUGGGCUCUUACUCCUACUGCUCCCCACCCAGCUCCCUCAUGACGUACUUCUUCCCCACGGAAAAGGGCGGCAAGAUCUACUACGACGGCAUGGGGCAGGACCUGGCUGACAUCCAAGGGUCACUGGAGCUGGCCAUGACCCACCCUGAGUUCUACUGGUACGUGGACGAAGGGCUGUCUGCAGAAAACAUGAAGAGCUCCCUCCUGCGGAGUGAGAUCCUCUUCGGGGCCCCACUGCCCAACUACUACUCGGUGGAGGACCGGUGGGAGGAGCAGCGCCACAAGUUCCAGAGCUUUGUGGUCACCUAUGUGGCCAUGCUGGCCAAGCAGUCCACCAGCAAGGUGCAGGUGCUGUAUGGUGGGACAGAUUUGUUCGACUAUGAGGUGAGGAAGACUUUCAACAAUGACAUGCUGCUGGCCUUCAUCAGCAGCAGCUGCAUUGCAGUGUUGGUCUACAUCCUCACCUCUUGCUCAGUGUUCCUAUCCUUCUUUGGCAUUGCCAGCAUUGGGCUGAGCUGCCUGGUGGCCCUGUUCCUGUACCAUGUCGUUUUUGGGAUCCAGUACCUGGGCAUUCUGAAUGGCGUGGCUGCCUUCGUCAUCGUGGGCAUCGGUGUGGAUGAUGUCUUUGUCUUCAUAAACACCUACCGCCAAGCUACCCACCUCAAGGACCUGCGGCUCCGCAUGAUCCACACUGUCCAGACAGCGGGCAAGGCCACCUUCUUCACCUCCUUGACCACUGCUGCGGCCUAUGCUGCCAACAUCUUCUCGCAGAUCCCAGCUGUACAUGACUUUGGGCUCUUCAUGUCACUGAUCGUGUCCUGCUGCUGGGUGGCGGUGCUCUUCACCAUGCCGGCUGCGCUUGGGAUCUGGACUCUCUACUUGUCUCCAUUGGAGAGCUCCUGUCAGGCCAGCUGCAGUCAGAGGUGCACGAAGAAGAGCUCCUUGCACACUGCUGAUGACCUGUUCAUCGUCUCAGAGGCUGCAGCUGGGCCAGCCCGGGGCACCCUCCCGUACCUCGAUGAUGACAUCCCGCUGCUCAACGUGGAGGAGGACUCGUUGACUCCAGAGAUCGGAGAUGUGCCCUUGGUGUCGGUGCUGCCAGAGAGCUUGCAGGGUCCCACUGAGAAGAGCAGCCGCGGUCACCUGAUAGCCCACCUGCAGGAGCUGCUUCAGCACUGGGUGCUGUGGUCUGCUGUGAAGAGCCGAUGGGUGAUCAUGGGGCUCUUUGUCCUAGUCCUCAUCCUGUCCAUAUUCUUCGCUAGCCGCCUCCGCCCCGCUAGCCGCGCUCCCAUCCUGUUCCGGCCCGACACCAACAUCCAGGUGUUGCUGGACCUCAAGUACAACCUGAGCGCCGAGGGCAUCUCCUGCGUCACUUGCUCAGGUUUGUUUCAGGAAAAGCCCCAUAGCUUGCAGAACAACAUCCGGACCUCCUUGGAGAAGAAGAAGCGGGGCUCGGGGCUUCCCUGGGGGAGCAGAGGGGGCACGGGUGAGGCUGCACAGCCAGAUCUCCAGGGGACUGUAUACAUCUCCAAGUCCAAGAGCAAGGGCAGGCCAGCCAUCUACAGGUUCUCACUCAACGCCAGCGUUCCUGCGCCCUGGCAGUUGGUGUCCCCGGGAGAUGGCGAGGUGCCCUCAUUCCAGGUGUAUAGAGCGCCUUUCGGUAACUUCACCAGGAAGCUGACCGCUUGUGUGUCCACAGUAGGGCUGCUUACGCAGAAGAGCCCCAGGAAGUGGAUGAUGACCACCUUGUCCUGUGACACCAAGAGAGGCUGGAAGUUUGACUUCAGUUUCUACGUGGCGGCCAAAGAGCAGCAACACACACGGAAGCUGUACUUCGCCCAGUCACGCAAGCCCCCGUACCACGGCAGAGUGUGUGUGGCACCCCCUGGCUGUUUGCUCAGCUCCAGCCCAGACGGUCCUACCAAGGGUAUCCUCUAUGUGCCCAGUGAGAAAGCAGCCCCUAAGGUGAAGCCCUCUACCACAUCGGGGUUUAACCCUUGCAUGAACGCAGGAUGUGGGAAGCCGGCCGUGCGGCCUCUGGUGGACACGGGAGCCAUGGUGUUCGUGGUGUUUGGCAUCCAAGGGGUGAACCGCACCCGGCGCCCGGAUAACCACGUCAUUGGAGACAUGGGCAGCGUCAUCUACGAUGACAGCUUCGACCUCUUCAAAGAGAUUGGCAGCCUGUGCCGCAUCUGCAAGGCCAUCGCUGCCAACGCUGAACUGGUGAAGCCUGGAGGGGCCCAGUGCCUGCCCUCGGGUUACAGCAUCUCCUCCUUUCUGCAGAUGUUGCACCCUGAGUGCAAGAACAUCCCUGAGCCGAACCUGCUGCCUGGGCAGCUCUCCCACGGGGCGGUGGGGGUGAAGGAUGGCAAGGUGCAGUGGAUCUCCAUGGCCUUUGAAUCGACAACUUACAAGGGCAAGUCAUCCUUCCAGACCUACUCAGACUACCUCAAGUGGGAGACGUUCCUGCAGCAGCAGCUCCAGCUCCUGCCUGAAGAAUCUGCCCUGCGCCGCGGCUUCCAGACCUGCGAGCACUGGAAGCAAAUCUUCAUGGAGAUCAUAGGAGUACAGAGUGCCCUGUAUGGCCUCAUCCUCUCGCUGGUCAUCUGUGUGGCGGCGGUUGCUGUCUUCACCACCCACAUCCUCCUCCUGCUGCCCGUGCUGCUGAGCAUCCUAGGGGUGGUCUGCCUGGUGGUGACCAUCAUGUACUGGUCCGGCUGGGAGAUGGGUGCAGUUGAGGCCAUUUCCCUCUCCAUCCUUGUGGGCUCCUCAGUGGAUUACUGUGUGCACCUGGUGGAGGGCUACCUGCUGGCAGGAGAGAGCCUGCCACUCCACCAGGCUGAGGACCCCACUGCCUGCCGCCAGUGGAGGACGAUGGAAGCUGUGCGGCAUGUGGGUGUGGCCAUCGUCUCCAGUGCCGUCACCACCGUGAUCGCCACAGUCCCACUCUUCUUCUGCAUCAUCGCACCCUUUGCCAAAUUCGGGAAGAUUGUGGCCCUCAACACGGGCGUCUCCAUCCUGUACACGCUGACUGUGAGCACCGCCCUGCUCAGCAUCCUGGGCCCUGGCACCUUCACCCGGAGCAGGACUUCCUUCCUCAAAGCCCUGGCGGGGGUGCUUCUUGCUGGCCUUGCCGGCCUGGGCGUCUGCCUGGCGCUUCUGGAGAGCGGAUUCAAGAUCCCACUGCCCAACGGGAUGACCCUAUAGUGUGCCCCCUCCCCCUCACCCCAACCUUGCAAUCCACACCCCCCCUCUUUUUUUUUUUUUUUUUUUUUUUAAAGGAUAUAUUUUGUAAAACAGAGAAAGCCCAAACAGACGCUCCUUUUUCCCAGAAGGUUUUUCACUCCAGAUGCACUUUAUUUUCUAAUGGGUUUGGCUUGGACCUCCUAUUUAUUUCAGUGGAUGGAUGAAUCAUGUGGGUGCCCAGAGGGGCAUCUGGGCUGGCAACAGCAGAGAGAGAAGGAGGAGGAGUCCCUCUCCUCUCGGUCUGCCUGGUUUGUUAAGGAGCUGAGCAUCUGGAGCCCUGGAAGGUAAAUGCAGCCCUCGGGAGGUUGGUGGCUGGGCCCUUUCCCCAGCACUGCUCCCCUGGCUGGCUUGCUGAUGGGGGCAGGGAUGGGGUCCAGCUCUCAGGGCACCAGGCUCCCCUGAGCAGGAGCCAACGCAUCGCAUCCCCCGUGAGCCUUCAACAUGGGACUCCAGUGAGGUGUAUGGGUGAACCGUGCCUCCUGGGCCAGACCAUGGCUGGUGCAAGCCAGCUGGUGUCAUUUCCACUUCCCCAUGCUGCACUACUUAUGGGGCAAGGAGGAGGUGGCUUCAGGAGUGCUGGGGAUGGGUCCAUCCAGAUAGGUCAAGGGUCAGCAAUGCCAGAAGAAACUCUGGCUGUCACAGGCCCGACUCCUUCCCCAGGGAUCUGAGCUGUGCAGUAGCUGGGCCAAGGAUUUCAGGUGUGGCCCUUUGGGACACCGGUUUGUGUCGGUGCCACUGGAAACAGCUGUGGGGUGUCCUCUCUGUAGUCCCAGCACAGAGCAGUUGGGGGCUGCUGGGUGUGACUGCAGUGUGGCACUUCCUGGGGUCACCGGCGUGUCUGUCUACCCCCUACCCCAUCUCUCUAUUGUGUCACGUGUGGGCAGGGUCCAUCUUGCCCAGGGAGCUGCUCUCCAUGGGACUCUCCAGGUCUGCCAGCUGGCUGGCAGCUGCGGAAAGCAUCUCCCGUCAUCCCCAAGUCUCCUCCUCAGCAGGGGAUGCUGCAACAUGCCCACCCUCCAGCAGCAGCA